AUACAGGAAUAAAAUUCUUUUAUAUUUAUUAAAGAAUAAUAAAUCACUUAUAAAUGUAAAUCACAAGUUUGAAAUAGAAAAAAGGUUUAAGUUGCUAUAAGCAACCAUUGAAACCUUUGACAUAUGUUUCCAAAAACUUUAACUAUUAAUAUUACAACAAUGAAUAACAACAUUAGAGAAUUACCCUAUAAACCCAGUUUGAUAUUACAAAUUUUAAUGUUUUGUAAUGUUUAUUUGUCGAUAGCUUGGAAUGUAGUCUAUGGAUUUUAUAUACUUUACAAUCUUUCCAAUUUAUACGACUUACAUGGCAUAUGUGUAAUAGUGGCCUAUAUAGUGGGUUCCUUAGUGGAAUUCUAUCGUUUACGUAUGGGCUAUAAAGGCAAUUUACAUUCUAGGCCUGGUGACUUGUGUACAUUUUUGAUAUUGUCACCCUUUGUACAAUUACCCGUUUUGUUAUUUUUAUUAUUAUCGGCACAAAACUUUUCCACUUUAAUUACCUCUAUAGCGCUUUGUUCAUUUGUUGUUAUGGCUUUAGAAUUUGUAUUUGGCUUAGCCAUUUUAUGGCCCAAAUCCGAAAAACCUAUAAAUGUGAAUAAAUAGUCAACAAGUUUAGUUAAAAUUUAAAAUUUUAUUAUUACACCUAAAGGGACGUUAAAUAAGAACAUUGAAAUAUAUAUUU